UUCAAGUUCAGCGCGUCCUCUCUCUCUACUGCAUCGAUCCUCUCUUAUUGCAGUGUACUGAAACGGAAAUCUCUCUCUCUAAGAAUCCGUUCUCUCUCUCUCUGGAUUCCUGACCACCCAUUCAUUUGAUUUGUACAGAGAUUGCACAGAAUUGAAAGAUAGAGAGCGAGAGGGUGAAAGAAUCAGUCAUGGUUACUGUUUCUCCUCUAGCGAAAUACAAACUGGUUUUCUUGGGGGAUCAAUCGGUUGGGAAAACCAGCAUUAUCACCCGAUUUAUGUAUGACAAGUUCGACAACACUUACCAGGCUACAAUUGGGAUUGACUUUCUGUCAAAGACGAUGUACCUUGAAGAUAGGACAGUCCGCCUGCAACUUUGGGAUACUGCUGGGCAGGAGAGGUUUAGGAGCCUCAUUCCAAGCUACAUUCGGGAUUCUUCUGUUGCUGUUAUCGCGUAUGACGUUGCAAAUCGCCAGUCUUUUCUAAACACUCCGAAGUGGAUUGAGGAAGUACGUACUGAGCGUGGUAGUGAUGUCAUUAUUGUCCUAGUUGGAAACAAAACCGAUCUUGUUGACAAAAGGCAAGUUUCUGUAGAGGAAGGGGAUGCCAAGGCCCAUGACCUCGGGGUGAUGUUCAUUGAGACCAGUGCCAAAGCAGGUUUAAAUAUCAAGCCACUCUUUCGUAAGAUUGCUGCUGCACUGCCGGGGAUGGAGACUCUGUCUUCUACAAAACAAGAGGACAUGGUAGAUGUGAAUCUGAAGACUACAAUAAAUGCAUCUCAAAUGGAGCAACAGCCAGGGGGCUGUAAUUGCUAAAUUUAAAGUGCCAUCUGAAGCUUCUAUGUUGGGCAGAGAGAACAUUGGUGACUGCCAAGAGAUUUGCCAAUAGUUGAUCUUAAGUUCGUACUGCAGUUCGACUUGUAGAUUUUGGCUGUUUAUGAGCACCACUUGGGUUGUAGUGGUUGAUAGAGAGGUUAGUUGAUUGGUUCAUUCUUUUAGUUAAAUGAAGCCUGAGGGCCUCACUAUAGAUGUAAGAUGCUUUAUCUUUUUGGGAAUUGUUAGAUGUGAUUUUAUUUUUUCCAUGUUGAAUGCCAUAUUCCUCAUAA